CUUGGCUGGUCACAGCACAGUGCUCCUCUGGGCCUAGGGACUGUGGUCUCUCUGUGAUUUGGUUGCCAUUUUCCUAUGAAGAGGGUAGAGAAUAUGCACCCAGUCAGGAAAACAACUCACAAGGCAAAAAAGUACAUCUCAUGGAUGGAGCAGGGCGAAGUGGUUACAAGUACAGACUGUGGAGCCAGACUGCCUGGGUAUGAAUUGUGCAGUUUCAGAUUUCUGCCUGGCAGAUUAACCAACGGCAAGAGGGGCUGAUCUGUCUACAUUCUGAGUACUGCCCUCGGCAAGACACCUAGAACAGACCCUGGACCCAAGUCUACCGUACUGCCGUACCCCUACCCCAGCCCACCCCAGACAGUAUUCUGGGGUUCACCUGAGGUCAGCAGUGUGAAGAUGACCAGUGCCUUUUUAGCAUGACGACUUUGGACCAUGUGAUUGCCACCCACCAGUCAGAAUGGGUCUCCUUCAAUGAAGAGCCACCCUUUCCUGCCCACUCGCAGGGGGGCACGGAAGAGCACCUCCCAGGACUGUCAUCUUCCCCAGACCAGUCUGAGAGCUCCUCUGGGGAGAACCAUGUGGUGGAUGGAGGCUCUCAAGACCAUUCCCACUUGGAGCAGGAUGACUCCUCUGAAAAGAUGGGCCUCAUCUCUGAAGCAGCUUCCCCACCUGGGAGCCCUGAGCAGCCCCCACCUGACCUGGCCUCGGCCAUCAGCAGCUGGGUUCAGUUUGAAGACGACACGCCCUGGGCCAGCACAUCUCCACCUCAUCAGGAAACAGCUGAGACAGCCCUACCAUUGACCAUACCCUGCUGGACAUGCCCUUCCUUUGACUCCCUGGGGAGAUGCCCUCUGACUUCUGAGAGCAGCUGGACCACCCAUUCUGAAGACACCAGCAGUCCUAGCUUUGGAUGUUCGUAUACAGACCUGCAGCUCAUCAAUGCUGAGGAGCAGACGAGUGGUCAGGCUUCUGGGGCUGACUCGACUGACAAUUCCUCCUCGCUUCAGGAAGAUGAAGAAGUAGAAAUGGAGGCCAUCAGCUGGCAGGCCAGCAGUCCAGCCAUGAAUGGGCACCCUGCCCCUCCAAUGACCUCUGCUCGUUUUCCCAGCUGGGUCACCUUUGAUGACAAUGAAGUCAGCUGCCCUUUAGCACCAAUCACCUCUCCUCUGAAGCCAAAUACUCCACUAAGUGCAUCUGUGAUCCCAGAUGUACCUUAUAAUUCAAUGGGAUCAUUUAAGAAGAGGGACCGUCCCAAGAGCACUUUGAUGAACUUCUCCAAAGUUCAGAAGCUGGACAUUUCCUCUUUAAACCGCACGCCUUCUGUAGCUGAGGCUCCACCUUGGAGGGCAACCAACCCUUUCCUGAAUGAGACUCUGCAGGAUGUACAGCCCUCCCCUAUCAACCCUUUCAGUGCUUUCUUUGAGGAACAGGAGAGGCGCUCCCAAAACAGUUCCAUUUCCAGUACCACGGGCAAAAGCCAAAGAGAUUCCCUCAUUGUCAUCUACCAGGAUGCCAUCAGUUUUGAUGAUUCAAGCAAAACCCAGUCACACUCUGAUGCUGUUGAAAAACUCAAACAACUCCAAAUUGAUGACCCUGAUCACUUUGGCAGUGCAACUCUACCUGAUGAUGACCCGAUAGCCUGGAUUGAACUAGAUGCUCACCCGCCUGGAUCAGCACGGUCCCAGCCCCGUGAUGGGUGGCCAAUGAUGUUGAGGAUCCCUGAGAAGAAAAACAUCAUGUCCUCCAGGCACUGGGGACCGAUCUACGUCAAACUGACAGAUGCUGGUUACCUGCAGCUGUAUUAUGAGCAGGGCCUAGAAAAACCAUUCCGUGAGUUCAAGCUGGAGAUCUGUCACGAGAUUUCAGAACCCCGGCUUCAAAACUAUGAUGAGAAUGGCAGAAUCCACAGCUUGCGGAUAGACCGUGUCACCUAUAAGGAGAAGAAGAAAUACCAGCCCAAACCUGCUGUGGCCCACACAGCAGAGAGGGAACAGGUGAUUAAGCUGGGCACCACCAAUUACGAUGACUUCCUGAGUUUCAUCCAUGCAGUUCAGGACCGUCUCAUGGAUCUGCCAGUGUUGUCAAUGGAUUUGAGCACAGUUGGCCUGAACUACCUUGAAGAGGAGAUUACAGUGGAUGUCAGAGAUGAAUUCUCUGGCACUGUGAGCAAAGGAGACAACCAGAUUCUCCAGCACCAUGUCUUGACGCGGAUCCACAUCCUGAGUUUCCUGUCUGGGCUCGCAGAGUGCCGCCUGGGCCUCAAUGACGUCCUCGUCAAAGGGAAUGAAAUAGUUUUGAGGCAGGACAUCAUGCCCACCACCACCACAAAGUGGAUCAAGCUCCAUGAGUGCCGUUUCCACGGGUGUGUGGAUGAGGAUGUAUUCCACAACUCGCGGGUCAUUCUGUUCAACCCUUUGGAUGCGUGCCGGUUUGAGCUAAUGCGGUUCAGGACAGUGUUUGCUGAGAAGACCUUGCCUUUCACACUCAGGACAGCCGCAAGCGUCAAUGGGGCAGAGGUGGAGGUGCAGAGCUGGCUGAGGAUGUCAACUGGCUUCUCCUCCAAUCGUGACCCCCUGACUCAGGUUCCCUGUGAGAAUGUGAUGAUCCGUUACCCUGUGCCCAGUGAGUGGGUGAAAAACUUCCGCAGGGAAAGUGUCCUGGGGGAAAAGUCUUUGAAAGCCAAAGUGAACCGGGGGGCAAGUUUUGGCUCCACUAGUGUUUCUGGCUCUGAGCCUGUCAUGAGAGUAACUCUGGGAACUGCCAAGUAUGAGCAUGCCUUCAACUCCAUUGUGUGGAGGAUAAACCGACUGCCCGACAAAAACUCAGCUUCCGGUCACCCACACUGUUUCUUUUGCCACCUUGAACUCGGCUCUGACCGGGAAGUGCCUUCCAGAUUUGCCAAUCGUGUGAAUGUCGAGUUCAGCAUGCCCACAACUUCUGCCUCCAAAGCCAGCGUGAGAUCUAUCUCCGUGGAAGACAAGACUGAUGUCAGGAAGUGGGUCAAUUAUUCUGCACACUACAGCUACCAGACAACAGAAACAGACAACCUUCCAAAUCCUCUAUUUUGCAGUUGUCUUCCACACACAGAUUUAAAAAGAGGAUCAAAGAGGGUGGUGAAGAUCAGGUGGAAUGCGUCUUUGGAAGUUCCACCGGCAUCAUGCAUCAGAACAAUGGUGUGAGCAUGAAGAGGCACAGACAGGUCUCCAAAAUGGAUGUUAGGAUUUGGGUGCUACUUGACACAGAAGUAGGUCUAACCCUCCAGGUUCUGGGGAUGCUAGGAUAAUCAAUGAGGUAUAUAUAUAUAUGUCAUUUUGUAUAAAAUGUUGUGAAAAUUGAAGGAAGACAGUAAACAUCCUGGGACUAUUUGUAAGUUAUGGCAAAACCAGAUGAGAGAAAAGGGACAGUCCCCUCCUCAUCCUCAUUGUCUCUUAGUAACAUCAAAUUGUAGUUAAAAAAAAAAAAAAAACUAUGUACAAGCUACAAAAUAGCAUCUCUUUUGUGGUAUGUUUGAGUGUAUAAUUUUAGUUUCUUUUCUGGUUGUCCUUGUGGUAGUCAGAUGUGUUGGACUGAUUCCAGCUGGACAGAGUAAGGAAUUCCAGCAUCCUCUUCCUGUUUGCUUGUGUUCUCCCACAGAUCAAACCCUCAAUUCUAGUUGGGGAUGCCAUCUAGCCCCACACUGUGACUGAAGCCUCAAGCACUGUUGUGCCUCCUUGUGCUUUGGAUCAGCAACCCCAGUGGUGUUCUACCAGAGCAGUUCAGGGAAAGCAUAUGUACAGUCAGGUCCCAACAGCAAACUGUUGGAUGUGAGAGUUCUAAAGUAUAGGGGUGAAGGAAGAGAAGGAUAUGAACUCCUCUGACCUUAAGCCAGCAUUCAUUUAACUUUUAUAUCUACUUGCCAAGAGAACCUGGAGAAAACUACCAUAUUCAAGAGAUUAAUCAAAAUCAGUGGUCUAGCCAGGUGGUGACAGAGAAGCACCAUUCCUCACCCUCCAUUCUUGUAAUGUCUGUAAUAAAUUUCAAUGUGUCAGGAUGAAUGAACCCAAGAUCCAGUGAAUGAUUCAGCUGAUCCAAGCCUUGCAUUUUCCAUCACUCAUCAUCCAUCCUCAUUCAGUGUAACCUCUUGCACUAUUGUGGCUAAUUUUAUGUAAAACCAGUUUUUUUUUUUAAUAUGUGCCUAUGUAAUAAAGUCUAUACACUGGCUAUCUCUGUAGAGGUGAGGUUUUGUUUUUAGUUGUUCUACUGAUUAUGUCCUUUUUCGAGCUAUGAAAAUGAAUUAUUAAUAAAUUUUUGAACAAA